ACUCAUAUUCUUCCACCUUUUAUUGCUAUUAGCAACUAGCUAGCAUAAUCACUACAAUCUCUCCAAAGGAUAUAUUUUAAUCGGAAUGAAACCACCGCCGGUGAAACGCAGUUAUUCCAAAAUCCCAGUGUGGAUUGUUGAAGACCAUCAUGAGGUGGUGCGACAUAUCUACCGCGCCAUCGGUUCUCGUCACAUCCCCUUGAAGGACGUUAAGAUGGUCCACCUGGACUCACACCCCGACCUGCUGAUCCCCGUCAGCAUGGCUGCUCACACCGUGUUUGAUAAAGAAGCUCUGUUCAGUGAGCUGAGCAUUGAGAACUGGAUCAUGCCGAUGGUGUACGCCGGUCAUGUGUCCCACGUGGCCUGGCUUCAUCCGUACUGGGCUCAGCAGAUCCGAGAGGGCGAGCACGAGAUGUGUGUGGGAAGAGACUCGUCCACCAACACCAUCAGAGUCACAAGCACGGACGAUUACUUCCUGAGCGACGCUCUCUACGUUCCCCCCGAGCAGCUCGAGGACGGGAAGCCCUUCCGUCUGAGUGUCGUCCGUGUGGAUCCAGCGCACACUUCUGAUACCAGGAACCAGGAGAACUCCCAGCAGAACACUGAGAAAAAAUCUAAAGUGGACCCGGAGGUGGGCAGCAGCGGGUCCUGCAGUGACGGGUCUCAGGCUGCAGGUGGCAGCAGCAGCACACCAGAGAUUCCCAGUGCGGCGAAAGCGAGCGAUUCGAUUAGCCUGCUGAGUGAACUUAAACAGGACGAUCCCUACAUCCUCGACAUCGACCUGGAUUUCUUCUCCUGUAAGAAUCCCUUCAAAGAAAUGUACACACAGGACGAGUACUGCAUCCUGCAGGAACUGUACAGCUUCGAGAGGCCACGUGAGGAUGAGGACGAGGAGCUGCUGUGUGAGUGUGUGGAGAGACGGACACGGCAGCUGGAGGAUCUGGAGGCAGCGUUCGCCGACCUUCUGGAGGACGACAGUGAGCUCACUGUGGAACGUCUAGCACAUAAACUCGGGAUGAAAUCUUUUGUGAAACUCGUCUGCAGUCUGAAGAGUCGUAACAAAUCCCCAGACUAUGAAAUGGUUCACCAGGCCGGUCUGACCUGUGAUUACUCAGAGCUUCCUCACCACGUCAGCAGUGAGGCAGAGAUCCAGCAGUUGAUGCUCGCAGUGCAUUCGGUCCUGCAGCCUCUUCCCAAACCCACACUCAUCACCAUGUCCAGGUCGAGUUUGGAUGAAUAUUGUCCUCCUGCUCAGGUCGACUCCAUUCAGAGCAACAUCCUGAAUGUUCUAGAAACACUUUUCGGUUCUUUAGAUGUUCAUAAGGAGUACGAAGAAGCUUCUGGAGAAAACGCAUUGCAGGCUUCAUGAUGGUAAUCAGCUUUAGUGCAGCUUUGUGAUGCACUCUGACUAGAGCAGCAUGAGCACUGUGUGUGUGUGUGUGUGUGUGUGUGUGUGUGUGUGUGUGUGUGUGAGAGAGAGCGUGUGCGUUGAGUGUUUUUAAAUUGAAGCUCCUGGAAUCUAUUUCUGCUGCUGAAUUUUUAUCAGUGAAAUAUAUAUAUGCCUUGU